UCUUUCUAUCUAUAUUUAUUAAAAAUGUAGAAGUCUGUAUUGUAUGUUAUACAACACGUAUGACGGUGCGUGACAAUCUACAGUCAUCUGUAAUGUAUAUUAUUAUUGUAUGAAAAAUGUUAAAAUAUUAUUUUUGAGAACUAAAUUGAUUCCAAAAAAAAGAUUAUGUUGAAUUUGUGGAGUAAAGUGUUUAAAAAUGACAACUCUGAAUGAAGAAACAAGAGCUAUCUGUGAUUUCAUUUAAGUCAAUAUAAGUCAAUUAAACAUAGAAGAAGUUAACAAUUUGAUAAGUGAAACUGUUAGGAACUGUGGAAAGUGAAACUGUUAAAGAGCAACGAUAGAUAGUUGUGUAUAAUUUAUCAGUAAAUUUAAUAACAUGGCUAUACAGUCAUAUAGCAUUGUGGAAUAUUAUGCAGAACAUGAGGGUUAUAAAUGUGGCUAUUGCAAAAGUCCAGAUACAAAUUUUAGUCAUGGCAUGUGGGCACAUUCGUUGACAGUGCAAGACUAUCAAAACUUGAUAGAUCGAGGAUGGAGACGAAGUGGCUGUUAUUGUUACAAACCUACCAUGAAUCAAACUUGCUGCCCACAAUAUACCAUAAAAUGUGAAGCAUUAAAUUUUAAAAUAUCAAAAUCUCAAAAAAAAAUCUUAAAGCGUAUGACGAAAUUUUUGAAAAACGAAUUAACAAGUGAUAAUGCUGGAGCUAUUAAUGAAGAUCAACAAGAUAAUAUAGAUUUAAACAAUAUGGAAGUAUCUAAUUAUACAAAGUAUAUGGCAAAAGCGGAAAAAAAUGCGUCACAUAUUAAUAUUUCAUCUGUUGAUGAUGAACUUGGUGGAAGACUGUCUGUGAAUUUAGUAAAAUCUAAACCUCAAGUAAACUCUAUUUCUGCAUCGAGGAGUAGUCAAGGACAGAUGACAAAUUCUGACAGUAAAAGUAGUCUGCAUGUUAGAAAUGAAAUUACUAAUGUAGUGCCUUGCAAAAAAGCAAAGCUCUUGCGUUUGGAACGCAAACAAAAUAAAUUGUUAGCUCAAGGUAAAUCACAAAGUGAAAUUGAAAGCAUCAUGAAAGAGAGAAAACAACAGAAUCAUAUCAAGACUUUAGAGGAAUUAUUUGAAGAAGUGUAUACUGGUUUGAAAAAGUUGGAGUUGAGAUUAGUUCGAAUUGCACCGAUGAGUCCUGAAUAUCUGAAAACCUCGAAAAAAUCUUACGAAGUUUACAAAAAGUAUCAGACCACGAUACAUGGAGAUCCGGUUGAAAAGAUCACAGAACAACAAUACACGAGAUUUCUCGUGAAAUCUCCUUUACAGCAAUGGAUGCCCAAUAAUGGGCCACCUCAAGGAUACGGUUCUUUUCAUGAACAAUAUUGGUUAGAUAAUGAAUUAAUAGCAGUCGGAGUGAUAGAUAUUCUGCCGUCGUGCAUCUCGAGCGUGUACUUUUUUUAUGAUCCCACAUAUAGUCAACUCUCUUUAGGAACUUUUAGUUCUCUGCGAGAAGUUUACUUGACGAGACAGCUUAACAAAGUCGCGAACGAUUUGAAAUACUAUUACAUGGGCUUUUACAUUCACACAUGUCCGAAAAUGCGAUAUAAGGCCAAAAUGCGACCAUCGAAACUUCUAUGUCCGCAAACGUACGUGUGGUGCGACAUAGAGCCCUGUUUAAUUAAAUUGGACAAUGAAAAAUACAGUCGUUUAAAUAAUGAUGUAAACGCAAUUGAUGAGGACGGUGUAAUCGACAUUCAAGAGGUACUAAUCUUAUACAAACGUAUUGCAAUGCCGUAUAAAAAAUACAAGGAACAACAAAAUAUAUGUCAAACAAUGCGCGGAGAAAAACGCAAGAUAAAGGAAUAUGCCAGUCUUGUCGGAAUGCAAUGCGCGCGAAAGAUGCUACUCUAUCGCUAUUCCAGAGAGUGAUUAUGUAAAAGUCACAAACAAUCGUAUCUCAGAAAUUUCUUGAAAAGAUCUUUUGGAAAAUGUUUUAGAAAUUAAUUGCUGGCUGAUAUUAUAAAUUAAUAUA